AUGCUAGAAAGAAUAGUAGAAGGGAGGUUGAGAGAGUUGAUAGAUAUAAAUGAGCAGCAGUUUGGGUUUAUGAAAGGGAAGAGCACGGUGGAUGCUAUUUUUAUCGUAAGACAAGUUCAAGAGAAGUAUCUAGAAGGAGACAGGAGAGUUUACAUGUGUUUUGAGGAUCUUGAAAAGGCGUACGACAGGGUACCAAGAAAUGUAGUCUAUUGGUGUUUGAGAAAGAGAGGAGUACCAGAGGAGUUGGUAAAGUUAGUGAAGAUGAUGUAUGAGGGGGGGGGGGGGGCAAAAACCACUGUCCAGACACAUAUGGGGAGACUGGGACUGGCCUCCAUCAGGGAUCAGCUCGAGUCCAUUCUUGUUCCUCGUCAUUAUAGACACUUUGACAUCAGAAUUAAUGAACAACUGGCGUUUGCUGAUUUAACCAUUACAGCAGACACAGAAGAAGAACUGCGAGAAAGGUUUUUACCAUGGAAAGGAGCUCUAGAAAGGAGAGGAUUGAAAGUGAACAUUGGAAGGACAGAGCUAAUGAUCAGCAGUAAAGAAGGACAUGAAGAAGUAAACAUUCAAGUGGAAGAUGGUGCGGUGCUAAAACAGAACAAAGAGUUUAACAACUUGGGAUCAAUAAUAACAGAGGAGGGAGGCACUGAGGGUGCAAGAAGACUGGCGAAAAUGGAGAGAAGUAACUGGAGUUGUUUUAAACAAGGAAAUGCCAUUAGGGCUCAAAAUGAAGAUUCAUAA